AUGUUCACCAAGAAGUCCUCUUCAUCCUCCUCCUCGUCCAGUGGUCCCGCCCUGAAGAAGCCCAAGACGGACAACCCUUCUCUCAAUUCCAUACCAUUCUCUCUCAAGGAAUACCAAGAUACACUAUCAGAAGAAGAGAAAAGCCUUCUGGCUCUCGAGUGCGAGACCAUGGGCAAGAGCUGGCUCAAGCUACUCAAAGACGAGAUCAAGAAGUCAUACUUCCUCAACCUCAAGAGGUUCUUGGCUUCAGAGGGCGUGAAGGGAGUAAAUGAUAGCGCAUCGAACUUGAAGGUGUACCCCGCGCCGAAAAACAUCUACGCAUGGUCGAACAUGACGCCCGUCGGGCGAGUCAAGGUCGUGAUCAUUGGACAGGAUCCCUACCAUGGUCCAGGACAAGCUCAUGGGCUAUGCUUCUCCGUGCCUCCAGGGGUCGCGGUUCCUCCAUCUCUGAGAAACAUCUAUCUCGAGAUCAAGGCGGAGUAUCCGUCUUUCGAGAUACCCAAGCAUGGCAAUUUGACGACAUGGGCUGAGAACGGCGUCUUGCUCUUGAAUACGUCCCUGACCGUGAGAGCUCGCGAGGCGGCCUCCCACUCGAAGAAAGGAUGGGAGGAAUUCACCGCUAGAGUGGUCGAUGUCGUCGACCGCUUUGGCGGCGCGAACCUCGGCAACAAGAACAGCACCAACGCCGGUCGCGGACGGGGCAUCGUAUUCCUCGCUUGGGGCGCACAUGCAGCGAAGGUGGUCGAGAAGCUCGACAAGAAAAAGCACCUUAUCCUCACCAGCGCUCAUCCGUCGCCCUUCAGUGCCAACCGCGGCUUCUUAGGCAAUGGCCACUUCAAGAAAGCCAACGACUGGCUCGAGGAAAAAUAUGGCCCGGAUGGCUGUGUCGACUGGACGAAGCUCUGA